UUUUUUCGGCGUCAAAUAUUCUAACGUGUUCAAAUGUGGGCGAUUAGUGACCCGAACAGCUUGCCAUACCUUCGGGGUUGUGAGGCUGGGUCGGCAGAGAGGAGCAGGAAGUGGGAGCUGAGUGGGAGGAGGGACGGAGGGAGCUAGCCGCUGAGUAGCAACGGCUAGUGAUGGAGUGAUGAGUGACUGGAACGGGAAGAAGAAGAGAAGUGGAGAAGCUGGGGCCUCGAGGAGUUGACCUGGAAACGGACUUGAAUAACUGGUUAGGAGCUCCUGGCACCAGGGAUCGAUGAGCGAGCUUGUGAAUGACCCAGUGGCUGCUGAAAGUCACCUGGACGCUUUGGGUUGAGAUGCCCUGAGAUGUUUUGGGUGUACGAGCACCUGCGGAGGGCGGACUUGACUUUCCUCUUUCUUUUAUUAUUAGAUUCUGACUCUUCCGCAGAGCAGGUGUUAAAAUAAUGGCGCUGGUUAAAGAAGAAGCUCAUGAAGAACAGAGUGCUGGUGAGGACCGGCAGGAACCAGAACACCUUCACAUAAAGGAGGAACAGGACGACCUCUGGACCAGUCUGGAGAGAGAGCAGCUACAUUUGAAGGAGACUGAUGCUGCCAGAUUUCUAUUCACUGCUGGUUCUAUAAAGAGUGAGGAUGAUGAAGAAAAACCUCUCGUCUCACAGCUUCUUCAGCAGCACACAGAAGACCGAGAUGUUCCAGUGAGCAGCUCAGCUGACCAUGUGACAGCAGAAAUGACAAGUCAUUUAGCAACAAGGUCUUCAGGCUGUUGUGUUAGUAAGGAAUGUGUUAUAGUGAAGCAACAUGCAGACUCCUGUAGGGAAGUCCAGAAAAAGACUAAAACAUUUAGUUGUGAUCACUGUGGAAAAGAAUUUAUGGUUGAAUCAAGUUUAAACAGUCACAUGAGAAUCCACACAGGACAGAAGUCUUUUGCCUGUGAGCUGUGUGGAAAAAGAUUUACCCGAAAGACGACUUUAAACAGUCACAUGAGAAUCCACACAGGACAGAAGCCUUUUGCCUGUGAGCUCUGUGGAAAAAGUUUUUGUCAUAAGACAAGUUUAAACAGUCACAUGACUGUUCACACAGGACAGAAGCCUUUUGCCUGUGAGCUCUGUGGACAAAGAUUUAAUCUACGAACAACUUUAAACAGACACAUAAGAAUCCACACAGGACAGACGCCUUUUGCCUGUGAGCUCUGUGGAAAAAGAUUUAGACAUGAGACAAGUUUAAACUAUCACAUGAUUGUCCACACUGGACAUAAGCCUUUUGCCUGUGGGCUGUGUGGACAAAAAUUUAGUCAUAAGACACAUAUAAAAGAUCACAUGAGAAUCCACACAGGACAGAAGCCUUUUGCAUGUGAGCUCUGUGGACAAAGAUUUAACCGACAAACAACUUUAAACAGUCACAUGAGAAUCCACUCUGGACAGAAACCUUUUGCCUGUGAACUCUGUGGACAAAGAUUUAAACGAAAGACAAAUUUAAAUUGUCACAUGAGAAUCCACACAGGACAGAAGCCUUUUGCCUGUGAGCUCUGUGGAAAAAGAUUUAGUCAUAUGACAAAUUUAAAAGGUCACAUGCGUGUCCACACUGGACAGAAGCCUUUUGCCUGUGGGCUGUGUGGACAAAAAUUUAGUUAUAAGACACAUAUAAAAGAUCACAUGAGAAUCCACACAGGACAGAAGCCUUUUUCCUGUGAGCUCUGUGGACAAAGAUUUACCCGACGAUCCACUUUAAACAGACACAUAAGAAUCCACACAGGACAGAUGCCUUUUGCCUGUGAACUUUGUGGACAAAGAUUUAGAUAUGAGACAAGUUUAAAAGGUCACAUGAGUGUCCACACUGGACAUAAGCCUUUUGCCUGUGGACUGUGUGGACAAAAAUUUAGUCAAAAUACUCAUAUAAAAGAUCACAUGAGAAUCCACACAGAAGAGAAACCUUUUGCCUGUGAGCUCUGUGGAAAAAGAUUUAAUUGUAAGACAAAUUUAAACAGACACAUAAGAAUCCACACAGGACAGAAGCCUGUUGCCUGUGACCUGUGUGGACAAAAAUUUAGUCUUAAGACGAGUUUAAAAGAUCACAUGAGAAUUCACUCAGGGCAAAAGCUUUUUGUCUGUGAGCUGUGUGGACAAAGAUUUAACAGAAAGACACAUUUAAAAGAUCACAUGAGAAUCCACACAGGACAGAAGCUGUUUGCCUGUGAGCUCUGCGGACAAAGAUUUAACCGACAAACAAAUUUAAACAGACACAUAAGAACCCACACAGGACAAGCGCCUUUUGCCUGUGAGCUCUGUGGAAAAAGAUUUAGAAAUGAGACAAGUUUAAAAAGUCACAUGAGUGUCCACACUGGACAUAAGCCUUUUGCCUGUGAGCUGUGUGGACAAACAUUUAAACGAAAGACAACUUUAAACAGUCACAUGAUAAUCCACACUGGACAGAAACCUUUUGCCUGUGAGCUCUGUGGAAAAAGAUUUAAUUAUAAGACAAAUUUAAACAGACACAUAAGAAUCCACACAGGACUGAAGCCUUUUGCCUGUGAGCUGUGUGGACAAAGAUUUAAUCAUAAGCUGAGUUUAAACGGCCACAUGAGUGUCCACACUGGACAGAAACCAUUUGCAUGUGAGCUCUGUGGACAAAGAUUUAACCAGAAGACAACUUUAAAUUGUCACAUGAGAGUCCACACAGGACAGAAGCCUUUUGUCUGUGAGCUGUGUGGACAAAGAUUUAGUUAUAAGAAAAGUUUAAACGGUCACAUGAGUGUCCACACUGGACAGAAGCCUUUUGUCUGUGAGCUGUGUGGACAACGAUUUAGUCAUAAGAAGAAUUUAAACAUUCACAUGACAAUCCACACAGGACUGAAACCUUUUGUCUGUGAGCACUGUGGACAAAGAUUUAACCGAAAGGCAAGUUUAAAUUCUCACAUGAGAAUCCACACAGGACAGAAACCUUUUGCCUGUGAGUUCUGUGGUCAAAGAUUUCGUUAUAAGGCAAGUUUAAACAGUCAUAUGAGUGUCCACACAGGACAGAAGCCUUUUGCCUGUGAUCUGUGUGGAAAAGGCUUUAACCGAAAGACAGAUUUAAACAGACACACGAGAGUCCACACAGGACAGAAGCCUUUUAUAUGUGAGCUCUGUGGACAAGGAUUUAGUCAAAAGAAAAGUUUAAACAAUCACACGAGUGUCCACCCUGGACAGAAGCCUUUUGGUUGUGUAACUUGAUGUAAGUGGUUACUUUUAAUAAAUGAUCAAUAAGUUGUGAUAUUCCACAUAAAUAUGAAAUAUCAAUAUUAUUGAUCUUUUGAAAUUUUAUCUAAAAUGAAACCAGGUCAUUUUGGUAGUUCGCGGAAAUCACACCUUCGUAAUAUUUUGAGACCGAACGAAAAAUAAAGUUUUGAAAAACAAAUUUAAUACUACAUUUCUACUACUGUGUGGGUGACGGUGGCACAGCAGUUAAGUGCUCACCCCUUAAUCGAAAGGUUGCAGGUUCGAGCCCCCGCUCAGUCUGUUGCUGUCAUUGUGUCCUUGGGCAAGACACUUAACUCACCUUGCCUGCUGGUGGUGGUCGGAGGGACCGGUGGCGCCAGUGCUUGGCAGCCUUCUCUUUCAGUGCACCCCAGGGCAGCUGUGGCUACUUCGUAGCUCAUUUCCACCAGCAUGUGAAUGUGUGUGUGAAUGGGUGAAUGACUGAUUGUAUUGUAAAGCGCCUUGGGGGUUUCCAGGACUCUAGAACGCUAUAUCAAAUACAGGCCAUUUACCAUUUACUAAUGAUGACACGGAACAAAUGAUGAUAAAUUAUGGUUGAAACAAGAUAACUGGGACAAUGAGUGAAAUGAUGGAAUGUGUACUUAGAUGUUAUGUAGCAAAACCAAGUGUCUUAGAAAAUUGUGAUGUCUGGGUUGUAAAAUACGUCUGAAUGUAUGGUUUAACAAUCUCAAUUAAAAAAAACAUCUCACGCCA